CACUCCUCAACAGCUCCUCAACCAGGCCCAAGCCCCUUGGCUGCCGCUUCAUGUGCACUAAGAAGCCGGACGGCGUUGGUUAGACCUGCAUACCCGUGCAUUACAAGGUCCGGAUGGCAACCACCAGUGCUUGCGCGGCACACGAAUACAUGUCCCAUGCAUGAUCAACCGUCUUUUUUACUCUCGGGACUGUAUCCCAGCCCGUCUUCCCCUCGUCAGCCUACUGCUACGUGCCGCUGUCCUCGUGCCUUCAUAUCUCGAUAGCUCGAGUUGAUUAGCAUGAUUCUGAAUAGUGUUGAGCCAAACUGAGCCAAACUCGCCAUGCUCCAUCAUCCGUCCAUGAUGGGGCAGGCAACGUCCCUUUGGCAAGACCUGUGCUGUGCAGCUGCACGGUUAUGCCGUGUUUAGAUGAUUCUGCGGCUUGCCUCAACAUCCCGCUCUCGACGGCCGUCACGACCUCUCAGCAACCUGCAAGCUCAUCCCACGCAAGGCCGCCUUGUCUCUCCGCAACCUCCGCCUUUCCCGUCGACCCAGCUUCCUGUCUCACCCUCCCUCUGGCCCAAUGGCUGCUAUUCCUUGUGCGUCUAGUGACACUUGCCUGACUACAUAAUCCCCGUCUCCUCUCCGCUCCCCACCGACCUUCCGUCUUCUUCUC